AUGUCUCAACUCUCUCUGCUCCUAUUAUGUUUUUUCAUUUACAUCCAAAAUCUCAACUUCACAUACUCUCUCUCCUCCGACGGCCUCUCUCUCCUCUCCCUAAAAUCUGCCGUCGAUCACGGAGGCGCCGGCGCAUUCUCCGACUGGAACGAAAAUGACACCACCCCCUGCCAGUGGACCGGAAUCUCCUCGACGAAUAUCUUUGUAUUCUCCGAACCCCAAGUCGUUAGAAUCUCCCUUGCCGGCAAGAAUCCCAGGGGCUAUAUUCCCUCAGAGCUUGGAACCCUAGUCUAUCUCCGACGACUCAACCUCCACGGCAACAACUUCUACGGUUCGAUCCCUGAUCAACUCUUCAAUGCUUCCUCACUCCACAGUCUGUUUCUCUACGGUAACAAUCUCUCCGGUUCUCUCCCUCCUUCUCUCUGUAAUCUCCCGAGACUUCAAAACCUCGAUCUCUCUAACAACUUGAUCUCCGGAUCGAUUCCGAAAGAUCUACACAAUUGCCGGGAACUACAGCACUUGAAUUUGGCUCGGAACAAGUUUUUCGGCGAAAUUCCGGCGAGGAUUUGGCCGGAGAUGGUGAAUUUGGUUCAGCUCGAUCUCUCGUCUAACAAUUUUAGCGGAUCGAUUUCGGAAGAUAUAGGUGAGUUAAAAUCUUUAUCUAGAACUCUGAACCUCUCUUUAAACCAUUUCUCUAGGCAAAUUCCUAAAUCUAUGCGGUCGGGUUCGAAUGGUGACAGAAAAUGA